AUGGCUAGCAUUCCGGGUACAUGUUUAUCUGGUUCGAUUAAUUUGAAGUGUAAAGAUUCAAGAACGAACGGGGCGUCGUUGAUGCAGUAUAAUGGGCUGAAAGCUGUUGAUAGCGUCAAAUUAGACUCCAAUAGACAAAAGGGAUUUGCUUUAAAAUCAGCGUCAAAAAGCAGAGGACCAGGAAUCAGAGCAAUGGCUUCUCCUACGGUUUCGGCUCCGAAAAGAGAAACCGACCCGAAGAAGAGAGUGGUGAUAACGGGGAUGGGCCUGGUUUCGGUUUUUGGGAGUGACAUUGAUGUGUUCUACAAUAAACUCCUUGAAGGAGAGAGUGGGAUCACUUUGAUUGACAGGUUUGAUGCUAAGGAUUUCACGGUGAGAUUCGCAGGGCAAAUCCGAAAUUUCACUUCCACGGGAUACAUUGACGGGAAGAACGACCGCCGGCUGGAUGAUUGCUGGAGGUAUUGCUUAGUCGCCGGCAAAAAGGCUCUUGAUGAUGCCAACCUCGGCCAACAAGUCCUCGAACAGAUGGACAGAACAAGAAUUGGAGUGCUCGUAGGAACUGGAAUGGGAGGCUUAACAGCAUUCAGCUCUGGAGUGGAGUCUCUGAUUCUAAAGGGAUACAAGAAAAUCACUCCAUUUUUCAUCCCUUAUUCCAUCACCAACAUGGGCUCGGCUCUCUUGGCUAUAGACACCGGCUUGAUGGGUCCUAAUUACUCCAUUUCCACAGCUUGUGCCACCGCAAAUUACUGCUUCUAUGCGGCUGCGAACCACAUCAGGAGGGGCGAAGCCGAAAUCAUGGUUGCCGGAGGGACAGAAGCUGCUGUGACGGCUACUGGAGUCGGAGGAUUCAUCGCUUGCCGGGCUUUGUCUCAGAGGAAUGAUGAACCUGGAAAGGCUUCAAGGCCGUGGGAUAAAGAUCGCGAUGGUUUCGUCAUGGGCGAAGGCUCUGGUGUUUUGAUUAUGGAAAGUUUAGAGCAUGCAAUGAACAGAGGAGCCAAUAUCAUAGCAGAAUACUUGGGUGGUGCAGUUACUUGUGAUGCUCAUCACAUGACAGAUCCUAGAUCAGAUGGACUUGGAGUUUCAUCUUGCAUAACAAAGAGCUUAGAAGAUGCUGGUGUUUCUCCUGAAGAGGUGAAUUAUGUGAAUGCUCAUGCGACAUCAACACUGGCUGGAGAUUUAGCAGAAGUGAAUGCCAUCAAGAAGGUGUUUAAAGAUACUUCAGAGAUCAAGAUGAAUGGUACAAAGUCACUGAUUGGACAUGGACUUGGAGCUGCGGGAGGUCUAGAAGCCAUAGCAACCAUUAAAGCAAUCAACACUGGCUGGCUACAUCCCACAAUUAAUCAAUACAACUUGGAGCCAGAUGUUACCAUUGACACUGUCCCAAAUGUGAAGAAACACCAUGAAGUUAACGUUGCUUUAACCUACAAGUUUAUCAAAGCAUACCUAGUGGAAUCAUCAAGCCGUGAGUUAUUGAUUAUCAUUCGGAAGGAGGAGGGUCGUCGAGUCAUUCGAUUGGAUGUGAGAAAAUGCCAGUGGGAGGAGAUCACUAGUUUGGGAAGAGAUGCUGUUUUUGUUGGUCAUGGUGCUUCAAUGUCCGUUGUGAUUCAAAAGUGA